AUGCUGAAGGAAGAGAAAUCGGAGCUGGAGAAGAGACACAGCGUUUGCAUUUCCGACGCCGCUUUCGAUCUCGCCCCGAACUUUUUCCGGGUUAUUACGUUUCUUGUCGAUAUACAAGGAAGCAUAUUCAAUGGUUUCCCGGGAAAUUUGACCGUCCGGGAUUGUCAUGUGGCGGAGGUAAUAAGCAGGCUGACCGAUGUCCCGUUUACGCAGAUUAUCCGAUCCAAUAUCAACAGCUACAAGAGAAAAGCCAUUAAAAUGACAAACAAGAGGGUGGUGAAUCAAAAGCAAGUGGUUAAAGAAAUUUUCAAAAUUCUAGCCUCGGAGAAGCCGAUAAUUACGAACCGCCCUCGGGGAUCGUUCCUCCUUGUGGGCCCCACUGGAGUUGGUAAAAGGGAGAUCGCAAAGUCCGUCGCGCUUCAUUGGUAUUGCGAUGCGAGCAGGCUCGUGGAGAUAGAUAUGUCCGAGUACGCGGAUGAUUAUCUCUCGUACUGCUGUAAUAACUUUUGCCUCCCCUUUAUAGGGUCGAAGAGGAAGAGUAGUUAUAAACAGCAGCAAAAUCUUUGGAAUCGACUUUCCGAAGUAGUCGCGAAACGGCCUUAUUCGGUUAUUCUUCUACACAAUGUAGACAAGGAUUGCUUCGAUACUCUAACGAAGGUUCUCCUUCGUAUUUCGAAUGAUGAAAGUGUUGACUUCUCUAAGUCUAUUAUCUUCGUGACUUCGAGUAGUAAUCCACUAGAAUUCGAUAAGACCCGUGAUUGUACUUUAAAGGAUACGAGAGUCGAGGGGACGGAAAUAAACGGUGGUGAUUUGUUGUUUUGUCUCGAUAAAGUUCUCGCGGUGGAGUGUUCGCACGAUCGGAAGGUUGUUGCAAGAUUGUUGCUUAGGGAAAUUGUUAGAGAGGCUUACGGAGAAAUAUCGGUCGUUCAUGUGUCUAAUGCUGCCCUCGAUGCAUGUGGUAUUUCUCAUGGCACAAAAAGAAUGUGUAAGUAGUUAAUUAUAUAUGUUGAAGCUUUGGUCCUUUUCCGUCUAUCACAUUCGGGCCCCGU